UGUAUUAGACUAGCUGCAAUGGAAACCCUGCCAGCCGGUUGGACAGUGUACACCUGUGAGCAGGAAAGAGCUGAGACAGGCCUGUUGAAGGGAGAAUCUGAUGAUACUAAAGCAAACACACAUGUUCAAGAUCUGUUCCAUGAAGAUGCAAAGGGAUUUCAGCAGUCUAAUCAGCCAUGGUGGAGGAUCAAAGUAUUUGUGUGGGAGCCGGUGCUUUUUGGCACCUGGGAUGGAGUCUUCACUACCUGCAUGAUCAACAUCUUUGGUGUGGUUCUGUUCCUGCGUACUGGCUACCUGGUGGGGAACACAGGAGUGCUGCUUGGGAUGGUUCUCGUCUCCAUGGUUGUGUUGGUUGCUUUAGUGACAGUUAUGUCAGGAAUCGGAGUGUCUGAACACUGUGGUGUUGGGAGUGGAGGAAUCUAUUCCAUGAUCUCUACCAUCCUAGGGGGAAGGGUCGGGGGCACUGUUGGCCUCCUUUAUGUGUUUGGGCAGUGCGUCGCUGGGGCGAUGUACAUCACGGGGUUCUCCGAGUCAGUGGCAGAACUGCUGGGUCUUCAGACUCAGUGGGCGGUGCGCUGCAUGUCAGCAGCGGUGCUGCUAGGUCUGCUUGGAAUCAACUUGGCUGGUGUCAAGUGGAUUGUCAGACUUCAGCUGCUCCUCCUGGCUGUUCUGGCCAUCUCUACCCUGGACUUUGUCAUUGGCACAUUCACACACCUUGACCCAGAGCAUGGUUUCAUUGGUUAUUCAGCUGGGCUGCUCAGCAGCAACACUAUGCCAGAUUAUACCACUGGGGAAAACUUCUUUACAGUAUUUGGGGUUUUCUUCCCUGCUGCUACAGGGGUUAUGGCAGGCUUCAACAUGAGCUCAGACCUUCAGCGACCUGAGCACAACAUCCCCGUGGGAACACUAGCAGCUGUCUUCACCUCGUGGUUCCUGUAUCUGGUCUUUGUCUUUCUCCUGGGGGCCAUCUGCACCAGAGAAGCUCUACGCUGUGACUUCUUGAUAGCUGAAAAGGUCUCCUUGGUGGGUUUCCUCUUUCUGCUGGGCCUCUACAUCUCCUCCUUGGCUUCCUGCAUGGGCGGCCUGUAUGGAGCACCCAGGAUCCUUCAGUGCAUCGCCCAGGAGAGGGUCAUUCCCUGUCUGGCCUUUCUGGGAAGAGGGAAAGGCCCAAACAAGACCCCGGUGGCGGCUAUCUUUCUGACGAGCCUGGUGACGAUGGCCUUCAUUUUCAUCGGCCAAGUUAACGUACUGGCGCCCAUCGUCACCAUCAACUUCAUGCUCACCUACAGCUUUGUCGACUACUCCUACUUCAGCGUGGCCAUGACCUCCCACCUUCAGAAUAAAGAUAAGAGGGACACCGCCAUAUUGGGCAAAAGAAACCAGCGCAGGUCCACCAGGCACAGCAGCACGUCACUGAUUCAAGCCAAUCUUCCAAACUAUGGCAGUGAUGGCGGGAGUCCGCAGAGUAAAGGCACUCUGCUGGAGUUCACUAGGGACAUGGACCAGAUAUUUCCACCUGUUUCAAAUGUGGACUCUGCAGCUGAGAAGACCUCCUGCAUGCAAGACAUGAGCAACACAUCCAAGAACAGAAAGGCUACUGCUAAGCAGAAGCUAAUGGACAGCUUUGGUUUGGACUCGAACUCCAGUGUUUCCUCAGAAGAGAAAGAAGAGGGGACAAGUUCUGCUUCACUAGCAGAGGAAGACCAGGGGCCAGGUGGAGGAGGAGAGCUCAAGGCUGGAGAGGAGCCUCAAAUCACGGGCUAUACAAAUGUUGGUCACGUUGAGCAGGAUUUGCCUGCUGAGACUCACAAUUACAGCACAGGCACUGGAGGUAAAGCGGAACACCAACCCAAGCACAAUUCCUUCUAUGCAAAGUUUUGUAACCGCUGGAUCGCUCUCAUUGGGGCAUUGAGCUCCAUAUUCAUUAUGUUUGUUAUUCAAUGGGUUUAUGCCUUAACAAACAUAAUAUUUGCCUUGCUGCUCUUCUUCUACAUCGGGAAAACAAGUCCUGGACUACCAAGAGGAAUUGCAGCUCAGUUCAGCUUUUUCACGUGGUUCAAAUCAACACUGAGUAGCAUUUGCAGUAGAAAAGGAUCACCCCGGGAUGAGAUCGUAGUGACGCCCUCUUUGUCUGGGACUCUGGGGCUGAAAACCAAGCAGCUGACGGAGGAAAAUGCUGACUUUGCCUCUCGUCACCGCUAUCAUCAAUCGUCGUUCAUCAGGGCCGACAACAUGGUCCAACCACCAUUUCACUGACCGAAUUAAACGCUGCCUCAGUUGUGCGUCGCAGCUGACAGCCUGAAUACCACAUUUUCUGCCUCAAACGGUGUCUCAUGUUGCACUACGGGCAGAAUACUGCUCACAUGUUAAGAAUCUCAGUGGCUCGAAUUGUUUUCCUGUGGUGGUUCAAGGAAAUCAGAGCUUUGCACAAAGGUUAUGUGGAAGAAUAAGAUACAUCAGAGAAAGGCGAUAGCUAAAAUGUGCAAGUUUUCAUGCAAACAGACAAAUGCAGAGAUUUAUUAUUUCCUCUUAAUAUAAACUUCAACUUUAACUCUUUAAUUUUUAACUGUUUUCUUUCUCUUUUUUUGCCGUUCCAUUACUCUAAAAUGGCCUUUUAAGAUGCAAAACUUUUAAAACAUAGUGUAUAGUUUAUAGAUGACAAAUACUUUAUCUUAUAUAUGGGACUUUUUUUCUCACAGCUGUUGAAAUAAUAAUAAUAAUAAUGAUGAUGAUGAUAAUGAAAAACUAAUCUCUGCCCCACUAACCUGUCCAGUUAGUGGUCCAGAGGUUGGUGAGGAUGAUUGAUAAUCCACAAUCACUUUAUUCAGUCUGUUGCUGUCACGAACUCUGAUGCUGCUAACCCAGCAGAGCACAGCAAAGUACUUUACACUCACUACAGCUCAUUGAUAGAAUAUCUCUAUCAUUUUGCUGCAUACACAGAACAAGGAGCUGUGUGGGCUGUAAAACUGCAAAAGUCUUCUAUAAAUGCCGGUCUAUUUCCAAUCAAACCUAAAACUAAUUUCAGCUGCUCCCUUCUAAUAAGGGAUUGCCACAGUGAUUAGCUCCACGUGUUUUGAUUUGACAGCUUUACGCUGGAUGCUCUUCCUGGCGCAACCACAAAUGGGAUUUGCGUCUCCAUAUUUUUUUGCACAUAAUAAUCAAAAAUCAUAAGCAAUAACUUUGUUUUAAUGUAUUCUAUCUGGACAAAAGUACUGGACCACUUAUACAUUAUAUCUACAGGAUCUUGCUCGGCCUUAGUAACCCAUGCCACGAAGCUCUCGGUGCACAGUUUUUGUGCUGAUGUUAAUGCCAGAGGAAGUUCGGAGCUCUGCAGUCACUGAGUCUGUAAGGCGUCGGCAACUUUCAUGCCCUUCACACCUCAGAACGCAGUAACCCUGCUCUUACCUUGCGUGGUCUACCACUAUGUGCCUGAAUUGUUUUAACUCCUAAAUGCUUUUGCUUUGCAAUAAUAAUAUUGAGACAUUUUACAAAGUACUUGUUGUGAUAGUGAUAUCUAUUA